CGUCACAGAAGACGCCACCGCGCGCACGCGACUCCAGGUAAGAGUUGCAGCGUCUCAGUCUGGCGACUUAGCGUGGCGCGCGAGCUCGGGCACAAUACCUCCCUCCAGCCCAAACUUUAACGAGAGUUUUGAUGGCCGAGGGCUGCUGAGAAAAGUGAAGAGAGGUAAAGAGAGGGUCGCCCGCAGGAAACGUCAUCAGAACGCACCGGAAGCGGCUGGAGGAUGAAGAGUGUGAUCUACCAUGCCUUUUCUCAGAAAGAGGCCAAAGAGCUCGACGUUCAGCUUCCAGGAGCCCAGCAGGCCGAGGCCUUCGUGAGGGCCUUCCUGAAGCGCAGCACACCCCACAUGAGCCAGCAAGCCCGCGAGGACCAGCUGCAACGCAAGGCUGUGGUCCUGGAGUACGCCACUCGCCGGAAGCGCAAGGAGAAGAGAAAGAAAUCCAAGGGCCUCUCUGCCAGGCAGAGGAGGGAGCUGCACCUCUUUGACAUUAAGCCAGAGCAGCAGAGAUACAGUCUUUUUCUCCCUCUACAUGAACUCUGGAAGCAGUACAUCCGGGACCUGUGCGGUGGUCUCAAGCCAGACACGCAGCCGCACGUGAUCCAGACCAAGCUGUUGAAGGCGGAUCUUCACGGGGCUCUCGUUUCAGAUCCCAUCGCUGAGACUUGGGCCCAUCCCAGCAACCUGUGGAUCUUGGUGGUGCUGGACACACAUGUGACCUCUUGGCUCCAGAGUCCUUCCCAAGACCCCUGUGGCUGCAGACCCCCCAAAGGACAUCUUGUCAGAACAGCCCAAACGCUCCAGAGCCAUAGUCACAAAGUCCAAAUGCCCGUCCUAUGUGGGUGUUACAGGAAUUCUUCUACAGGAAACAAAGCACGUUUUCAAAAUCCUCACCAAAGAAGACCGCCUGAAAGUUAUCCCCAAGCUAAACUCUGUGUUCGCAGUGGAAAUCGAUGGCUUCAUCUCCUACAUUUAUGGAAGCAAAUUCCAGCUUCGGUCAAGUGAGCGAUCUGCCAAGAAAUUCAAAGCAAAGGGAACAGCUGACCUGUAGCUCUCUGCUGCGGAGACGGCUGUUUGGGACCCCAAAGACCGGGGACACCUGUGUGCCCGCCUUUCAGCAGAGACACGGCUGGGCUGGUUCUGGUUCUAGAUCACCCCCAGCCCGUUAACACCGGAGUUAAUAAUAGUUUCAUCAUCCGGGAAGAAAUGCGCCUAACUGAGCAAAGUCAGGGAACGGAGGAGUGUCUGUUUCUAGGUGACGACCGGUGUGCAUUGCUCCCACUGAGGAAGUCGCUGCCUUCCCCGUGAAGUGGCUCAUUAUUCCGCCCAUCCGAAUGUGCCACACCAGGCACAGCCUGAUGCUACGGUUCCCUAAUCCACCUGCUCCUGCCCACCCCCCUGUAGGGAAAUGGUGGCCAACGUGUAAAUAUACAACUGCUUCCAGAACCAUU